AACUUUGAUGGCACGUGAUUGGCGAUUUGUUGGUGAAGUUGGAUCACGUGAGAGACGAUCAAUCGAUCUUUGUUUCUGGUUUGACUGUUACGAAACGACGAAGCAUUCAUUUUGAUUCUUUUGGGAUCUGAAUGGCGACGAGAAAUCGCACUCUGCUUUUCAGAAAGCACAGAGAUGCGUUGAAGAGUGUUCGGGUUCCCUCCAUCUCCUCGCCGCCAUUCACCGCUUCCGGCGCCGGCGGUGGCCCCGUCAUCGAAUUGGCCACCACCUCGUUUCUCAAUCCCAAUCGCUCUUACGCACCGCUAAGUACCGAGGAUCCCGGCAAUUCCAGUAGGGGUCCAAAUGCAAUUACAGUGGGGCUACCUCCGGCGUGGGUGGAUUUAUCAGAAGAAAUAUCAGCAAAUGUGCAACGUGCACGCACAAAAAUGGCAGAGUUGGCUAAGGCUCAUUCAAAGGCUUUGAUGCCAUCAUUUGGAGAUGGUAAGGAAGACCAACGAGCUAUUGAAACUCUAACACAUGAGAUAACUGACUUAAUAAAGAAGUCCGAGAAGAGACUGCGGAGACUUUCUGCUACUGGGCCUUCUGAGGAUUCCAAUGUCAGGAAAAAUGUGCAGCGCUCUCUUGCUACUGACCUUCAGAACCUCUCUGUUGAGCUCCGCAAGAAACAAUCAACUUAUUUAAAGCGCCUUAGACAGCAAAAAGAGGGUCAAGAUGGAGUUGAUCUAGAGAUGUUAAAUGGAAGUAAAUCCAGAUAUGAAGAUGAUGACUUGGAUAAUAUGGUAUUUAAUGAGCAUCAAAUGGCCAAGCUAAAAAAUAGUGAAGCGUUCACAGUAGAAAGAGAAAAAGAGAUCCAACAGGUUGUGGAAUCUGUGAACGAGCUUGCUCAGAUUAUGAAGGAUUUAUCAGUACUAGUCAUAGACCAGGGAACCAUCGUUGAUAGAAUAGAUUACAACAUUCAGAAUGUUGCAACCACAGUUGAGGAUGGCCUUAAACAGCUGCAGAAGGCAGAGAGAACUCAGAAAAAGGGAGGCAUGGUAAUGUGUGCUACUGUGCUUCUCAUCAUGUGCUUCGUCAUGUUGGUUCUCUUAAUCAUUAAGGAAAUUAUUUUGUGAUCGAUGGUGAUAUUUGAUAUAUUUUUAAUAUUUGGCCACCUCUCGUUGGUGUGACCUUUCAUUUGACACCAAUAUCCCUUGCCUACUCGGUUGGAUAGUAACACAGCUUGUCUUGGAGAAGACCAAGCGGUUUUGGAGGAGACAAACCAUAUUUUUUUGGUAGUAUGUAGAGACCACAUUGAUUUUCGCAUUUUUUUUUUUUUUUUUUUGCAAUUGGGGAGGUAGGGUGGAGUAGGUGUGUUAGAGGCACAAGAACUUUAGAGGGUUGGUGUGGUAUAGUAGGAAAGGAUACAUAAGGUCAGAAAAUGUAUAGUGUUUGUAUGAACCUCUACGUAAGCAUUGUUUGCCUGCAGAACCGGGUGCUUUAGUUCCUUUUCAUACAUUUUCUUUUCUUUGAUUGAUGAAAGAAUUCUGAAUUUAUUGAUUGAUGAAACCUGGGUGCUUAGUUUCUUUUCA